GGAGGGAAGGGAACUGGGAAAAGUGGAAAGCGUCUUCACUACAAACAGAGUACUUUCCACAGAAUUAUUCCCAGCUUUAUGAUCCAGGGAGGCGAUUUUACUCGUGGUGACGGAAGAGGUGGAGAGUCUAUUUAUGGCGUUAAAUUUGCAGAUGAGAACUUCAAGCUAAAACACAUUGGACCGGGAAUUUUAUCAAUGGCAAAUUCUGGGCCAGACUCCAAUGGAUCACAGUUCUUCAUUACAACUGUCAAGACUAGCUGGUUGGACGGGCGCCAUGUUGUAUUCGGGAAGGUGAUUUCUGGUAUGGACAUUGUCUACAGGAUUGAAGCCGAAGGAACCGGGGAUGGUGUGCCACAGAGCAAAGUCGUCAUUUCAGGCAGUGGUGAACUUCCUUUAUGAGUUGCCGCUUUGUCCUACCGCACAUGCAAAUAGUCAUUGCCUCAAAUGGUAGCCUAUUUCUCUCCAUUACCCAUGGACAUGGAAGAAUAAUAGCAAUAACUUAUGCGACCUUGUAUAUUUGAACAUUCAAUGAGUUUUGAAUCAUAUCGUGUUACAUUUCUUAGGUGAGGGCAAAUAAUUUAUUGGUUAACGGUUUAGAGGCGGUUCUUAUCUCCCUCCUCAUAGGUUUUCUUAACCUUGUCAUUUGUCAGAUAUUGUGGGAAGCCCGCUUGAGAGACUGCAACAUACUAUAUUUCUGUCAAUUCUAGAAGGGGGGAAAAAGAUUCUUACAAUCCAUUGAAUUCUUUACUUGCCGCUUUAUUAAAUUUGUUAUUCCAAAGUAUGGUUCUGAGACUACGAGAUUUUGUAAAUUACUUCUUACGUGGGUGCCUGCCUCACCCAAGCCCAUUGAAUUUCCACCAUGUUCACAAUUAUAAUGGUGGCCUGA